AUGUCUUCUUCAGUUCAUUUUCCAAAAAUCGACUACCGUGGUGCUACGGUAGAAGAUUUGGACAUUCGCCCAGCUAUUUCCAUCAACCCAUCUACUCUAAUCAAUAGAGCCUUGGAGGUGUCAUUCGAGAAUGAGUUCACAUACUUGCCAGUUAUCGAUGAAGACCAUAAAACUCUCCUCGGGGUUUUGAAUGUUGAGAACUUGGAAAAAAACAAGCUUACUGAUGUCGAACCUAUUACGAAGAACUAUAUGCUUUGGUUUAGUCAGAAGGCCAGAGAGAAAUAUGAGAAGAACUUUUCAAAGAGAACAGCCACACCACUUAAUUCGAAGAUCAUCAGGCCAAAGCCAGGUAAAGGCAAGCAUUACCAUGUCCUUACGCCCUUGACGCCCUUGGAGACCCUUGCUGAGUUCUUCAAUGCUGGCAACUUCUUCGCCAUUAUCACAAACGGAGAAGGCAGUUUAGUCUAUGGUGUGGUGACGCCAGAAGACCUAACUAAAUACGAACACUCAAGACCUCGCUUGUAA